GUGAUAUGUCAAAGUGUAUCCUAAUGACUGUAGAUAUAUAGUCGGUGUUAACAAAAUACUCUUUGCAGUCUUACGAGACGUCUAAAUCCGACAGCAACCCACUAAGUGCUAACUGAAUAAACCAUUUUGGUGAAAUAAGUUACAGUACUAUUCCUUGAAGUAAAUUAAAAAAAAAAUGCCUCCCCAAGGGCAACAGACAGGAUCAUGGGUUCUAUUCGAGUCGGAUUUGAAUAAAGACGCCACCACGCCGAUCGUCCCACCUUCAGCUGAGAAGAGGAAAUGGGAGAUUGUUUGGAGAAAUGUGAUACUUUUCGUCUUCCUCCAUGUAGGAGGAGUAUAUGGUGCCUAUCUCUUCCUCACAAAGGCAAUGUGGACUACUCGUCUAUUUGCGGUGAUACUUUACCUGUGCUCCGGCCUUGGUAUCACAGCAGGCGCGCACAGACUAUGGGCCCACAAGUCUUAUAAAGCUAAACUGCCCUUGCGUAUAAUGCUGACUAUUUUUAACACAAUAGCUUUUCAGGACUCUGUACUUGACUGGGCCAGAGACCACAGAAUGCAUCACAAAUAUUCUGAAACCGACGCAGAUCCACAUAACGCGACACGUGGUUUCUUCUUCUCACACGUUGGAUGGCUACUUGUCAGAAAACAUCGACAAAUUAAGGAGAAAGGUAACACUAUCGACAUGAGCGACCUGUGGGCUGAUCCUAUACUUCGGUUCCAGAAAAAGUACUACUUGAUCCUGAUGCCUUUGGCAUGCUUCAUUUUACCAACUUACAUUCCUACGCUUUGGGGCGAAUCGUUAUGGAAUGGAUAUUUUGUAUGUGCUAUCUUCCGAUAUGUUUGGGUUUUAAAUGUGACAUGGUUGGUCAACUCAGCUGCUCACUUGUGGGGAAGCAAGCCUUAUGAUAGGAACAUAAACCCUGUUGAAAUUAAACCUGUGUCAUUCGUUGUACUUGGAGAAGGCUUCCAUAACUACCACCACACAUUCCCAUGGGACUACAAAACCGCUGAACUUGGUGAAUAUUCACUGAACUUAUCGAAGUUAUUCAUUGAUACAAUGUCUUUAAUCGGCUGGGCAUACGACCUAAAAACAGUGUCGACUGACGUCAUCAUGAAAAGAGUCAAGAGAACAGGUGACGGCUCUCACAAGGAAUGGGGUUAUGAAGAACUUAACGACUCAUCACAAAACAAAAUUGGUCAAGAUUAAUUUAAAAAGUUAGUUAAAGUAUACCAAAUAUUAGGGAUGGGUUUUAACUCAUAUAGUAAUUUUCUUCACUCAAUUAGUUCUUUAUCUCAUAGCGAACACGCUCUGAAUUAGACAAACAGUGAUUGUGAUAAAUAUUUAUUGUAAGAUAACAGUUUUGAUUUUAUUUAUUAAAUGUUUUUAUGGA